UAUUUAUUUCGUAACACCUGAGACUAUAAAAAGGAAAUCAACUGAAAAAAAAAACAAGAAAAAAACAGAGACAACGAUGCAGAAGUUCUUAGUACAGUUGUUCCUUUUUGCUCUAUUUGCUAAAAUGAGCUUAGCAGCAGAUGAUGCCUGUUCCCUGCCCAUAGUGACUGGACCGUGUCGAGCCCAUGUGCCCAGUUACGGAUACAACACAACAUCAAAUGAAUGCGAACGAUUCGUCUACGGAGGUUGCGAAGGAAACGACAACAGAUAUGCCUCUUUAAAGGAUUGCGAACAAGCGUGCAAGAGCGAAUGAUCAUGAGAUAAGGCUAAAAAUGGAAUUUUCGACGACUUCAGGCACAUUGGAAAAUAAAAAUAUUAUGUUCAG